UGGUAUCAAAGCCCAUGCCUUACGGCAACUCUACUUUCAAUUUCUCGAUCCUGCUUUAAUUUUUUUUUUACUCCUUCCUUUUCCUCCUUCUCGUUUCUGCUUCCUUUUUCUAUUUCCUUCCUCCAAACAAUUUCAUCAUUCUAUACACUCACCCAUGGCUACCCCUCCCACUUCUCCUCCUACGACCACUGUGUCUUCUCCGUCUCCGACUUCACUUGCCUCUACAGCAGCCAAUGUUUCCUCUAGCAUGUUUUCUUCUGUCACUGUGCAGAAUAUUGGCAGUAUGGUGCCCAUCAAAUUGAAACGUGAUAAUUAUCUUCUUUGGAAAUCACUCUUUGCUCCAAUUUUUCGCCGUUACCGACUCUCCGGUAUUGUUGAUGGCACUGAGCCAUGUCCCUCUGUUUCUAUACCAGAUUCCACCGGGUCCUCUACCAUUCCAAAUCCAGCAUUUGAUACCUGGUACGAAAAGGAUCAGAAUAUUAUCAUCUGGAUCAAUUCCACACUCUCUGAAGAUCUCAUUCCAUUUACUGUAGGUAUUCAAUCUGCUCGAGAUUUGUGGCUUAAUCUUGAAAAGAGAUUUGCUGGUGUCUCUCGCUCUCAUGUUCAUCAUCUCCGAUCUAGAUUGCAAUCGAUGCAAAAAGGAACUUCUUCUGUCUCUGAGUACUUACAGCAAAUCAAACAACUCUCUGAUGCUUUGGCUGCUGCUGGUGCCCCUAUUGAUGAUUCAGACAUCAUUGCCAUUAUUCUGAAUGGUCUCCCUUCUGAAUUUGAAUCCUUUAUUGAUUCUAUUGAGCUUCGUCUCACUUCUACGUCUGUUGACGACCUUCAUGGCCUUUUACUCAGCAAAGAACUUUCUUUAGCACGAAAGAAGCUUCAGUCUUCUAGUUCUCACUCUGAACCAUUUAAAGCCUUUGCCUCUACACAAGGUGCCUCUGCCCCUCUGUUGUCCACUCCUCCCUCCUUUCAAGCUCCUCACACUUACAGUGGCUCUGGUCCUCAUCAAGCCUUUGCUGCCACUCACUUUCGUUCUCGUGGUCGUGGCUCUCGACAUUUUGGUUCUUCCAAAUCUUCCUCUCAAUUUCAGGCCCCUCCACGUAAUUCAUCCUCCACCUAUGGUCAAGGUCGUGCACAAUAUCUCCCAUCUCCUCAUUAUUCAUCUGGAGGUAAAACAGUGUGUCAAAUUUGCAACUCCUCUGGACAUGCAGCAAUUGAUUGCUAUAAUCGCAUGAAUCAUGCUUUCCACGGUCGAAUUCCUCCUGCCAAAUUGUCUGCUAUGUGUGCCAAUGCCACCUCUGCUCCGUCCUCCAGUACUUGGCUAGUUGACUCUGGUGCUAGCUCUCAUAUGACCCCUCACUACAAUAAUCUGCAAACUCCAUCAGCUUAUAAUGGUCAAGAGCAAGUUUUUAUUGGUGACGGUCAAGGUCUGCCUAUUUCACACUCUGGCACUUCUAUCUUGCGACCUCGCAUCGGGGAGGAUGCUUUUUCAGGGCCCUGCUAAGCACGGUCUGUAUCACUUCAAUCAUAUUCCGGCAUUAUUUCGCUCUUCCCAUUCUGCUCAUGUCGCUUCCACCGCUGCUUUUCCGAUUUGGCAUCAAAGACUUGGUCAUCCCUCAUCUAAAAUUUUCCGCAAGUUGCUGUCAGCCCAGCACAUCAAGUUGACUGCUUCUGCUCCAAAUCAUUUCUUUUGUACUCAUUGUGCUUUAGGCAAAUGUGCACGGUUACCCUUUCCUACUUCAGUUAAUGCUUCCUCUGCACCAUUGUAUUUGGUACACUCAGAUGUCUGGGGACCAUCAACAACUUCUUCUGUCAAUGGCUAUCGAUACUAUGUAAUCUUUGUUGAUGAUCAUACCAAGUAUUCCUGGUUUUAUCCAAUUAAAGCAAAAUCGGAUGUCUUUUCUGUUUUUCAAAAUUUUAAGUCUUAUGCUGAAAAUUUGUUGUCCACCAAAAUCAAAAUUCUCAGAAGUGAUUCCGGGGGUGAAUUUACCAGCCAUGCUUUUAGUUC